CUGAAGAUGCCUUUUGGUGAAAUUCUGUACGCCACAAAGAACUUUGAUGAGAAACUGAUUGUCGGUGAAGGUUUUGGCAAAGUCUACAAAGGUACUCUGAGGGAUGGAACAAAAGUUGCUGUUAAAAGAAGUGAACCAGGACGAACGCAGGGGCUUCCAGAAUUCCAAACUGAGAUAAUGGUCUUGUCCAAAAUUCGCCACCGCCAUCUGGUUUCUUUGAUUGGAUACUGCUAUGAAAGAUCAGAGAUGGCACUAGUUUUUGAGUUCAUGGAGAAGGGGACUCUGAGAGACCAUCUGUACACUCCUAAGGAAGAAUCUGGGAAAUCAACUUCAGUAUCUGGAUUAUCUUGGAAUAGAAGGCUUCAAUUGUGCAUUGAUGCAGCAAAAGGUCUACACUACCUUCAUACUGGUCUAGGUGGUUCAAUUAUUCACAGGGAUGUGAAGUCAACAAAUAUUCUGCUAGAUGUGCAUUAUGUGGCUAAAGUUGCCGAUUUUGGUAUUUCAAGAUUAGGUCCUCUUGAACAAAGCCAUGUCAGUACAGAGGUGAAAGGCAGCUUUGGUUAUCUUGACCCUGAGUACUUUAGAUGCCUUCAAUUAACUAAAAAAUCUGAUGUGCACUGUUUUGGGGUUGUACUUCUUGAAGUGCUUUGUGCAAGGCCAGCCAUUGACAACUCGCUUCCCAGGCAGCAAGUAAACCUGGCUGACUGGGGAAUGUCUUGUCUAAUGGAAGGAGAACUUCACAAAAUCAUUGACCCUUUUCUUGUUGGUAAGAUCAACUCGAAUUCAUUGAGCAGAUAUGGGGAAACUGUUGAGAAGUGUUUAAAAGAAUGUGGAGUUGAUAGGCCUAAUAUGGCUGAUGUGUUGUGGGAUCUUGAGUAUGCAUUGCAGCUUCAGCACACUGCAGUUCCAGAACAAUCGCAUGAGGGCAGCAACACGGAUGUUUCCAACAACUUGCCAUUGCCAGGAAUUCGCCGCUUGCCUUCUCACAGCAUUGCCAUGAGUAGUGAAGAUGAAAUUGGCUCAGAUGCUAAUAUUGAGAGAAGUAGCACAAAUCCUAGUGAGGUGUUCUCUCAGCUAAGGAUGGAGGAUGCUAGAUGAUGUACAAGUGAUUACAUUCUAGCUUUCAGAACUGAAGUUCCAUUGCAGUCUCUCAAGAGAAGUAGUUAAUAAAACAAUAAAUAGCUUGUAAAAUUACUCAGCAUUGCUCUUCUUACCUUGCUGUAACCGUGUAGAUC